CUUCUUCACGUCUGUAGAUCUGCGACUAUGGACACGCAGUCGACCUAUGUUUCCCAGAGCACGCUCUACAGCGCCGCUGGCGGCGGUGAUGACGAAGGCGGCGAAGCCAAGACCGCCGCCACCGCUGCCGCUAGCCUCCAGGCGUCUCGGUCCUUCUUCAUCAUCGACAAGUCUCGGAUGGUGGGGGAGAGGGACACUGUGGAGGACGCCAAGGUCGUCUACCUGCCGGAGAGCGAGUUCAAUAAGGAGCUGUACCACAGCCGAUGUAGCUGCCUGGUGGGCGUGGCAGACGUGUACAGGAACAUGACUGGGGAAUUCCCCCAGACCCUCUCCAUGGCUGGGUGCUAUUAUGCCUGCCAGCUCUUGGAGCCCAAUUACUUCAUGUUUCUGCUGGGGAGACCUCUGGAGCCGAUAGAGAGGGUCCGUGCCACUCUCCGCCACGUGUCAGACAUUUUCCACUUCUACUACCACUCCCCAGAGGCCGUCAUGAAUAAAUCACGUGGGGACUGGCUGACGUUCACGGCUAACAUGACCUUCAUUUUCUCCAAGAUCAGGGAGUACGUGUUUCGUGAUCCGCACUCCAUCGCCUUCAUGUUCCACACUCUGCCUUACAACCAGAAAGGACACAAGCAGAAGAGAUCUCGACUGUUCCUUCAAGCCUCACACAUCCUCCGCUCGUGUCAGGAGCAGGAACCCAUCGUAGGAGGCUGCAUCAUGUACAACACGGAGAUCGUGUGCAACCAACUCUCUCCUCUACUCAUGGAGAAGAUCCAGGUGGUUGGAGGCAAGGGCAUCGAGUUGAACACAAAGUCAAUUCUUGCAGAGAACGUAGCUCCGGAGACGGUGUGGGUCUUGGAGGUCCACCUGUCUCCAGAGGAGGCAGAGGACCUCGCUGACAUCCAGAGAGACCUCGUCUCCCAUCGGCAGGCCUACGAGGGGAUGACCCCCAAUCCGUCCCUCGUCGACAGCGCCGUCUCCUUCCUCUCCAGGUUCCAGUCGGGAGCUGGACCCACCGGCAUCUCGUCUUCCACCUCGUCUUCCAGGGGCACCCCCGCCAGAUCGGGCUGGAGGGUUGGUCGAUCCUCCACCAGAGGUCACCGGUCCCGACCCCGUGUGGUGGAACCAAAUCCCAAAUUCGACGAAGACUACUACAAUCUAUCCGUGGCAUUCAAUUCUCUCACGACACAGAGAGCGAACGAAGCAGGUGGACGCUUGGCUGCGAAACACGAGGACGUGACGGCGGCGUGCAACGCAAACAGCUCCACCAUUACGGUACUCCCUCGGGUGACCGAGACUCCGACUACAAGUCCCAAGGUCCCCCGCAGUGGUGGUGGGCGGGGCAAGACGGAACCAGCCGGUGGUGGUGGAGGAGGGAGGUCGAGGCUGAGCAGCGAUCGGAAGAUGCCACGGUUACACGGAAACAGCGGGAAACGGGACCUCACCACGCGAUCGUACGCCAAUCCAGACACCUUUCCCGAUGAAAUUCUACCUCCGGCGGCACCAAAGACUGAGUCUGGCACUGCAAAAUUACAAGACAACUCGGUUCCUGGCGUCCCUCCCCCUGCCUCCAUCCCUGCCUCCCUCGGUAUCCCCAUACCAACUCCCGGCAAGUCAGCAAACGAAGCACACUCCCCAAUCCCGACUGGUACCGCGGGAAGUUCGAGUCUGGAGGACGAGAGAUACGCGACUCCAUCUCCAAACUUUUCCCUUGUCGUUCCCGCUGCUCCCGGGGAAUCAGGGAGCAAAUUGCCCAGCCCUGUACAACCAACAGGUUUUGCUGCCGAUGAUUCACACUCGUUUCAAACGGCGGACGAGUUGUCUGACAAAUCCCACUCUCCUCCUCCUCCUCCUCUUCCAGAGAGACUCGAAACUGACCCAGACCCCUCCGAGACUGACAAGAAAGUCUUGAGCAUCUACGACACAAUAACCCCACCCCCGCAGCGAAGAUGGACCUCGCAGACAAGCUCGCAGCAGCAGCAGCAACAGCGAAAGUUUGAAGAGAGCGACGACUUUGUCGACUCUGAAAUUGUGGACCAGCUGCUGAGUGAAACCCGUCUAAUGAAGCAACAAGAGGAACUUUCCCGUCCAAAACGAGGGAGAACUGGCUGGGAACAAGAUUACCACCACCAGCCCCCUGCAUUGCCUCCGAGGAAUAGAAAGAUUGACGACGCCCCUGCCCCUGCCCCUGCGUUACCUCCCCAUAGACUUCGCAGCCCCUCGCUGGUUGAGGUCGAACAGCUCGUGGGGAACUCGGGUGAAUUUACAGUCGUCGAGCUCUCUCCUCCUGCCGUCCCUCAGAGAGUACUUCCACCGCUAAACCAGCAGAGAGGGAGUGAUUUUGAGGGAAGUAAUGUAGAGUUCACCCCACCUCCCUCUCCUCCCCCGAGAACACACAGUCGGAAGGGGGACCGUUCACCGGAGAAAAUGCCGCAAGAUAGCCCAGAUUUUAUCUACGGGCGUCCUCCCACGCCGCCUCCUAGAGACCACAAGACUACAGAGGAAAGUGAAAUGAUCACGAGUGAAGCGAUCACAGCUGCUGUUGAAAGAGACGGAAAUGCUAGUGAUCUACCGGAGCGAAGUGGAAGCUCGUCGCCCGACUAUCAGCACAGGGGCUUGACUCAAUCCUUGGAUGUGGGUAGCAGUUUGGAGGACGGACAUGUUUCCAGUGACAUGGAUACUGUGAGAGAGUCGGUACAGGUGAUUGAAGGAAGAGGUUGGCUCGGGGACACCACUACUGCCGCAGAAAAGGGUGGAGAAAGAGACAGCGCCUCAAACAAACUGGCGGAAGAAGACACGUCACAGACAAGGCGUUCCAGUUCCUCUGUGGAUCCAGUGAAGCCGGAAGAUCGUGGUACACAACUCACCGGGUCAGGGUCGCUCCAGGAUGAGUUUUCCAGUGUCAAAACCCUCACAAGUGACGAAGAAGACGAGGACUCGGGCGACGGUACGACGGCGAGUGCAAGCACGACCAUGCUCAGAUACCGACACCCGUCAACAAGCACACCUCGCGAGAAUCACACACGAACGGGACCUGGAUUGAACGAUGUAGGGGCCAAUGCUCUCGAAAGUCUCAACCUGUCUGCCCCGCCCCUGGGCACACCCGGUGGCAGAGGAGCUCCACCCAGCCUCAGUUUCAACCAGGUUAACACACCCGAGAUGACACUGCAACUCUCGAUGGCCGAGAAGCUAAGAGGGACGGCCGACGAACAGGGGCAGCGAGACGGAGGGGAGGAGGGAGGGAAGUCGCAAGUACUGAUGGUUGACCUUGCUCGGAUACACCAAACACUCAGCAGGAAUUUACAGCCCCUAGCGGCCCAGCCGGCACCUCCCCUAGAGACAUGGUGUAUCUACGUACAGCGACAGUUCAACACUCUGAUAGUCCUGGUGGCAAAGGCAGGGCUACAUGAUAACCACUCUCUCCUGACACAGCUGUGGAAGAGGUUGCUGCCGCAGCUGUUUGCUCUGGACCAAGGACUGGAGGAUCUCGAGGAACACCAACCUGGCAGACACAACUACAACCUAGCCGUCUAUCACAACUCUGACAAAUACUGUGCAGUGGAAUCUCGGAAGGCCCUCUACAAGUUCCGCCAUGCCGUCAGACUCACUCACCUGGAGUACCAGUCAAACCCUGACCUCUGCCAGGUCACACUGCUCAAUGCCCCCAAGAUGGUGAGUCAGAGUGUGAUGGGACGAGAGGUGUUCUACCAUCACCAGAGAGGCAGCCCUGGAGACGUCUUCAACACCACAGCCCUGGUCACCAGGACCGCACGAAACACACCUCACCAACCACUCUCUGGGGACACCCCUGCUCAUUUCCUCUAGCACCUUUUAUCAAUUUUUUUGAAGUCACACAGGUUUUUUAAAGGAAAUUUACCAUGCAUAAAUUUUUUGCAUUUUAAAUUUUGCGUGUCCAUAGGCUCUCAUAAAAUCAUAAUUAAUUUGUCAUUCAACUUGCAACCU